UUUCCUCCAGUCGCCCUGUGAGACAGUUGGGUCUCAGCACCGACAGCAGCUCCUUCAAACCCGCAAGCCAACCAAGUGGUCAACCAGCCAUGAGCAAGUCCUACUCCUCCUCAGCCCAGUCGGCCUCCUCAUACCGCCGUACCUUUGGCUCGGGUGUGUCUUCGUCACCGAUGUCAACCCUCUUCUCCUCUAUGGGAGGAGGCCGUGGCUCCUCUUCCAGCCACACUACCAGAGUCUACGAGGUCAAGAGCAGCGGUUUCCCCUCCUAUUCUAGUGCCAGGGUGUCGUCUGGUGCUGCAGGAGCAGGGUAUGGCUCCUCUACGGCACUGCGCACCUACUCUGGYGAGAAGCUCGACUUUAACCUCGCCGAUGCCAUGAACCAAGACUUCCUCAACACAAGGACCAACGAGAAGGCCGAGCUGCAGCACCUCAACGACCGCUUCGCCAGCUACAUUGAGAAAGUGCGCUUCCUGGAGCAGCAGAAYGCCGCUCUGACAGUGGAGCUGGAGAAGCUGAGGGGCCGCGAGGGGCCYGGCCGCGUGGGGGAGCUCUACGAGGAGGAGAUGAGGGAGCUGAGGAGGCAGAUCGAGGCCCUCACCAACCAGCGCGCCAGAGUGGAGGUGGACAGGGACAACCUGGCUGAUGACCUGCAGAAACUGAAGAUCAGACUGCAGGAUGAGAUUCACCAGAAGGAAGAAGCUGAGAACAACCUGUCUGCUUUCAGAGCUGAUGUUGACAGUGCAACUCUGGCCAGGCUGGACCUGGAGAGACGCAUUGAGAGUCUGCAGGAGGAGAUUGCCUUCCUCAAGAAGAUCCACGAAGAGGAAAUCCGAGAGUUUCAGAACCAGAUGCAGGAAACGCAGAUCCAGAUCCAGAUGGACAUGUCCAAGCCCGACCUGACUGCUGCUUUGAGGGACAUCCGCAUGCAGUACGAAGCCAUCGCUGCGAAGAACAUCUCAGAGGCCGAAGAGUGGUACAAGUCUAAGGUGUCUGAUCUGAACCAAGCCGUGAACAAGAACAACGAUGCUCUUCGCCAGGCCAAGCAGGAGACCAUGGAGUACAGGCACCAGAUCCAGUCCUACACCUGCGAGAUCGACUCUCUGAAGGGCACUAAUGAGUCUCUGAUGCGCCAGAUGAGAGAAAUGGAGGAUCGCAUGGGCCGCGAUGCCUCUGGCCACCAGGACACCAUCGCACGGCUGGAGGAAGACAUUGCUAAGAUGAAGGAUGAUAUGGCUCGUCACCUGAGAGAGUACCAGGACCUCCUCAACGUGAAGAUGGCCCUCGAUAUUGAAAUUGCUACCUACCGCAAGCUGCUGGAGGGAGAGGAGAGCAGAAUCACCUUGCCUGUGCAGUCUGCUUAUUCUUCCAUUGGAUUCAGAGAGACCAGUCCUGAGUCCCAGCGCUCACCAGAAGUUCACUCCAAGAAAACUGUUCUCAUCAAGACCAUCGAGACUCGCGACGGAGAGGUUGUCAGUGAGUCCACACAGCACCAGCAGGACAUCAUGUAAAGCGACACUGUGAAGGAAGCAGCAAUAUUAUUCUUCAGAACAAACUUUUGAAUUCAUUUUUAGAGUUUCCAAAUCACUAUCAUGAAAAUAUAUAAGCUGAGCCAAUUUUUGGUGUCAAAACUAUGUGAAUGCAGUCACAGGGUGGAAACAGGCACAAAGCCUGGUUUUAAAGGGAAGUCAUUCCAGGAGUUUAGUCUAUAUUCAUGUCACUUUUUGUGUCACAGAAAAGCAGACUUUCAGACUUUGUAAUACUUAUUAAUGCUUGAAUAUGAUGUUGGUUUUAUGGAUGAGGUUUCUCAGGAUUCAAACAGAACAUCCCUGAGAGACAAUAAUCAAAAGCCAAACUAAUUUUCAGUGUAUGUCCCAAAAUUAAAUAUAAGUCCACAUAAAUGACUGAACAGAAUAUCAAUAAAGGAUGGACUGUUUGUGUAGCUGAUUGAAGGAAAGUGUUAAGAUGGAUAAAAAACUUAAAAAUAAAAAUAAAAAAAUGGCAAAUUUUGAAGCAAUAAGGAAGUCAGUCGUGUUCAAAGUUUGAGCAAUUAAGCAUGUGCUGGUUGUUUCACUGUAUGUUUAAGGGCAACACUGGUGUGCUGUUUCACUUUGAAAUUAAAAAAAGAAAAAAGAAAAAACCCUCAAUAAAAAAAGCAUUUAUUACCAGUA